AUGCCAGAUAGUGAGACAGAUCAAUUUUGUUCUUAUUUACAUGCACAGUCAAAGGAAAAAUUGACAGAGAACUUGCCAACUAAAUUGCUGGCCAUAAAUGAUGAAGUUGAAAAUCAAGUGGUUGCCACUGUCUCAGAUCAAGGUAGCCCGCAUCACAGUCCCUCAUGUGCACAAAAGGUGAGCACAAAGUAGCCAGGAUGUUAACUGUGGGGGGAGCAAAACAGUGGUAACAAUGUUACCACCCCCUAAAGUGGCAAGCAAUAUGGCGAAUUCAUGAUUGAAUUCCAAGCUUUCACCAAAAUGGCAAUAUCUCAGAAAAAAUUGCAUAAAAAAGUCUGAUCUUUUCAACCAAACAUGAAUGAUAUAUGAUUGACCAAAUUUAGUUUAGAUGACCUUGCAUACCUAUAUAUAUCAUUAGUUUUUUCAGUCACUAUUUGUAUUUAUAAAGCAGUGACACUUUGUUUUCCAUGUCACUCAUCACCUAAAGCAGUGGCGUAACGUUAUAUCAGGAGGCCCCCGGUUCAAAAUUUUCGAAGGCCCUCCCCCAUAGUAGAAAUGCCGAAUGCACGAGUUGAGCGCCGUAUAUGCACGAGUUUUCCGGAAAAUUUUUGAAUCUAGACUCUCUGAAAUGCCAUUUCCCGGACUUUGGGGAGAGAUUUUACAGAAUUCUAAUGGUCAGAAAACGACAUUGUAACAUAUCAGAGGCCCUGGCCAAUGUAUUUGCUCUACAGCCUGAGCCUGGGGGCCCCCAUUUGGCCCAUUGGGGUUGGGGGCCCCCGGGUUCUCCCGGUCUGAGCCCAUAGUAGUUACGCCACUGACCUAAAGGGGUAAAAAGUCAAUAACAUUUUACUUGUUACUUUUAUAGAUGCCAGAUAGUGAGACAGAUUCUUAUUUAAAUACACAGUCAAAGGAAAAAUUGACAGAGAACUUGCCAACUAAAUUGCUGGCCAUAAAUGAUGAAGUUCAAAAUCAAGUGGUUGCCACUGUCUCGGAUCAAGGUAGCCCGCAUCACAGUCCCUCAUGUGCACAAAAG